UUUUGUGAUGAAUUUGGCAUGAACAUUUUCUUGUUUUCCUGAUAGGUUGUGUUUUGGUUUUGUUUUGCUUCUCGUUUUGUUUCCCAUUUUCUUUCAUUUCCCGCGCCAAGUAUUUGUUACGCGCGAUGCAGCAUUCAUAUUCCUUUGAAUUGUUUUUCUCUCAUGUUAUUCUGGUAAAGUCUUGGUGGCAUAUCUUCUGGGAAAGACGUCUUUUGGUUGAGAUAUCGGGUGUUAGCGAAGUUUUCAGUGAGAGACUGUUGCGAGCAGGGGGGAUGUUAGAUAUACUCGCAGCAGUAUCUGGUCGUGAGGAUCCCAGGGGAUACGUGUUGGGAAUUUCGUGUGUUGAAGGUUACGACCGGCGCAGGUACGGGGACCCUUUGGGCGUGGUCGGUGCGAUGAUGAGGCUUGCGUGCGUGCUGCGCACUUCUUCUUCUUCUUCUUCCCUCUCUCUCUCCACCACCACCACAGUCUCUCUCCAAUCAAGCUUCCUUCUCCCACUCUCUCUCCAACUCUCUCUCAACCUCUCUCUCUCGGCCUAACACGGCCGACUUCCCAGUGUCCCAAAGCAACGUCCAGAACGUGCUUGCUGCACCCCGCGUAGUUUACCUUUCACCGGGAUUGAUUGCGGGUGGAGGGUGGCCGUUGGAACAGUCUUCGUGGCGACAGAACUGGCCGGGGCUUGCUGCGGGGUGGCCGUGCCGUUUUUCUAGGCGGGGUAUGUUGUUUGCUGCGUACCACACAACCGCCGGCAAAGGCAACUUGAUUGCUCUACGCACUGCUAUGAGACCUCGAUACUACCACCUUCGGCACGCAAAAGAAGGCCAGCACACUCGCUCGCUAGGAAGAGCGCUCGAGAGCGGGCUCAUGGAAGCAUUUGUGUACGAUUGCUACAUUGCUGUGUGGGAAGAUCUGAGAUCUGAGACGAGAAAGAGAACCGGCGAAGCGGCGGUGGGGGGGAAGAAACGGCGACCGGGCACUGCUGUAGAAGCGAGUAGGGCGGCCGAGGCAGCGCUUGUGGCGAACUAUGUACCCGGCUGAUGUUGUUGCGCCUUGUUUCCCUCCCUGCCGUAUGCUAUACUCCUUUAUGUUUGGCCUUUUUAUUGCCUUCGGCCUCUGUGCUGUGUUUCUUUUUUUCAUGACCUCCCUGCCUACUCUGCUGUGUUGGGUGCCUUGAUCUCGCUUUGCUGUUGACUUUGUUUUUGUACGUCUGGCUGUCUGCCCAUCUGCCGCCUCUUUGCCCUGUUUGCUCCGUUACUCCCAUGCCCUGGUGCGCAGUACCUGGUGCUGGUACUUUACACUUUACCCUUUGAUUUUUUCUUUGGGCGGGUGUGGGAAACGUCCUCCUUUAUUUUUCUGUUAUUUUUGUUUUGUAUUAUUUUGAUCGGUGUCCGAGGGCUCUUUUCUCGAACGGUCCGUGCGAUAAUACCUGUUAUUUUUUUUCUUUCUAUCAUAUUGUU